AUGAGCUCGCUAGUCCACUACGAAGAGUUCGUCGACCAAUGCGCCGACAUCUUCGCCCAGCGCUUGUCCGAGCACGCCCAGCGAGCCCAACGCCUCAACCUCGGCUACUGGUUCCAGUGUUACGCCUUUGACGUGAUCGGACAUAUCACCUUUGGACAGCGGUUCGGUGCGUCCCCUCCUCUGUUACCAAGUACCAUGCUAAACGCCGCAGGCUUCCUGGACGAAGGACGGGACAUCGAAGGAACCAUCGCCGCGCUUCAGAAAGUGAUGACCUACAGCACGCUGGUCGGCAUCUACCCCGAAUGGCAUCCGCGGCUGUUCGGCCCGCUCAGCAAGUUCAGCUGGUCGGGGGCGGGAGGUCGUGCCUAUAUAAUGCGGUUCGUGCAGGAGAAGAUCCGCCAACAUAACGGGCAGCCGAAAAGCGGUGCGGACCAGGGCGCCCUGCAGACGCAGGACUUUCUGGAGAAAAUGAUGCUGGCACGGGACAAGGAUCCGGAGAAGGUCACGGAUUAUCAUAUGUUCAUGAUGGGGCAGUCGAACGUGAUUGCGGGGUCUGACACCACGGCUAUCAGUCUGUCCGCCAUCAUGUACUAUCUACUGCAUCAUCCGGCCGUGUUGGAGAAGCUCCGUCGGGAGAUCGAUGACUUCACCGCGCAGGGCCGCUGCAGUCCCCGCGUGACCUUCAAGGAGAGCCAGGAGAUGCCGUAUUUCCAGGCCGUCAUGAAGGAGGCGCUGCGCAUGCACAGCGCCACGGGGCUGCCGUUGUGGAGAGAGGUGCCUGCCGAAGGCGCAGAGCUGGGCGGUUAUUUCUUUCCAGAGGGAACUGUCGUUGGAGUCAACACCUGGGUCGCGCAUUAUGAUGAAGAGGUGUUUCCUGAUGCGAAGAGCUUUCGACCCGAACGCUGGAUUGAGGCAGAGCAAGACCCUGAAAGACUGAAGAUGAUGAACGACAUGUACAUGCCGUUUGGUCUGGGCUCCAGGACAUGUCUCGGAAAACAUAUCUCCAUUCUGGAGAUGUCCAAGUUGAUCCCCCGAUUGAUCCGCGACUUCGACUUCCAUACUGACGUCCAGCAAUGGAGCACGGAGAACUUUUGGUUCGUGAAACCCACCGACUUUGAGGUUACUGUGCGCAGUCGAGCGAGUUCGGUGGCAGGAACAGUGUAA